UUUCCAUCCAGGCUUGAACACCUCAUCCUACAAACAUGCAUCGGCGACACACCACCCUCCGGGAGAAAGGGAGGAGGCAGGCCAUCCGAGGCCCAGCCUAUAUGUUCAAUGAGAAAGGCACCAAUUUGACAUCUGAGGAAGAGCAUUUCUUGGACUCAGCAGAAUAUGGCAACAUCCCGGUGGUACGGAAAAUGCUAGAGGAAUCCAAAACAUUGAAUUUCAAUUGUGUUGAUUACAUGGGACAAAAUGCCCUGCAAUUGGCAGUUGGCAAUGAACAUCUGGAGGUCACCGAACUUCUUCUAAAGAAAGACAAUUUAGCAAGGGUUGGAGAUGCCCUCUUGUUAGCCAUCAGUAAAGGAUAUGUACGGAUUGUGGAAGCAAUAUUGAACCAUCCAGCCUUUGCACAAGGGCAGCGUCUCACUCUAAGCCCACUCGAGCAAGAAUUACGAGACGAUGAUUUUUAUGCUUACGAUGAAGAUGGAACACGCUUUUCCCAUGAUGUUACCCCUAUUAUACUUGCUGCUCAUUGCCAAGAGUAUGAAAUCGUUCAUAUAUUGCUCCUGAAAGGGGCACGGAUAGAAAGACCUCAUGACUACUUCUGUAAAUGCGACGAAUGCAAUGAGAAGCAAAGAAAAGAUUCAUUCAGUCAUUCUCGAUCAAGAAUGAAUGCCUACAAAGGAUUAGCAAGUGCGGCUUAUUUGUCUCUAUCUAGUGAAGACCCUGUUCUUACUGCUUUGGAGUUAAGCAAUGAGCUGGCAAGACUAGCCAACAUUGAGACAGAAUUCAAGAAUGAUUAUAGGAAGUUAUCUAUGCAAUGCAAGGACUUUGUGGUGGGUGUCCUGGAUCUCUGCAGAGACACAGAAGAAGUAGAAGCUAUUCUGAAUGGUGAUGUGAGUGUACAAACAUGGCCUGAACAUCCCCGUCCAAGUUUAAGCAGAAUCAAGCUGGCUAUUAAAUAUGAAGUCAAAAAGUUUGUUGCCCAUCCCAACUGUCAGCAACAAUUGCUCACCAUGUGGUAUGAGAACCUCUCAGGCUUACGCCAGCAGUCAAUUGCUGUGAAAUUCUUGGCUGUCUUCGGAGUUUCCAUAGGCCUUCCGUUCCUCGCCAUAGCAUACUGGAUAGCUCCCUGCAGUAAGCUGGGACGUACACUCCGAAGCCCCUUUAUGAAGUUUGUGGCACAUGCUGUUUCUUUUACAAUUUUUCUUGGACUGCUAGUAGUGAAUGCUUCUGACAGAUUUGAAGGUGUAAAGCUGCUUCCCAAUGAAACUGCCAUGGAUCACCCCAAACAAAUAUUUAGAGUGAAAACAACACAAUUUUCAUGGACAGAAAUGUUAAUCAUGAAAUGGGUUUUAGGAAUGAUAUGGUCUGAAUGCAAAGAAAUCUGGGAAGAAGGCCCCCGUGAAUAUGUCAUGCAUCUUUGGAACUUGCUGGAUUUUGGGAUGCUGUCUAUUUUUGUAGCUUCCUUUACUGCCAGAUUCAUGGCUUUUCUCAAAGCCUCAGAAGCACAACAAUAUGUGGAUCUCUUUGUCCAAGACAAUGACCUCAAUAACGUCACCCUUCCUCCUCAGGUUGCCUACUUCACAUAUGCCAGGAGCAAAUGGCUUCCUUCAGAUCCUCAGAUCAUAUCAGAAGGAUUAUAUGCAAUAGCGGUGGUACUCAGUUUCUCAAGGAUUGCUUACAUUCUCCCAGCCAAUGAAAGUUUUGGUCCUCUCCAGAUUUCUUUGGGAAGAACUGUGAAAGACAUCUUCAAGUUCAUGGUCAUCUUUAUCAUGGUGUUUCUCGCCUUCAUGAUUGGAAUGUUCAACCUUUACUCAUACUACCUAGGUGCAAAAUAUAACCCAGCAUUUACAACGGUAGAAGAAAGUUUUAAAACUUUAUUCUGGUCUAUAUUUGGCUUGUCUGAGGUAAUAUCAGUGGUGCUGAAAUACGAUCACAAAUUUAUUGAGAAUAUUGGAUAUGUGCUGUAUGGAGUUUAUAACGUCACCAUGGUGGUUGUCCUCCUCAACAUGUUAAUAGCCAUGAUCAACAAUUCUUAUCAGGAAAUUGAGGAAGAUGCAGAUGUGGAGUGGAAAUUUGCACGUGCUAAACUCUGGCUUUCCUAUUUUGAUGAGGGAAGGACUUUACCUGCUCCUUUUAAUCUAGUGCCAAGCCCUAAAUCAUUUUAUUAUCUCAUAAUGAGAAUAAAAAUGUGCCUCAUAAAACUCUGCAAAUCUAAGGCCAAAAACUGUGAAAAUGAUCUUGAGAUGGGAAUGCUGAAUUCCAAGCUACGAAAAAUUCAUUUUGAGCCAAGUACUCCAAAGUCAGACUUUAUCCUGAAGAAUGCCUACAACAACCCCACAAGAUACCAGGUGGCAACACUACUUCCCAAUGGAUUAUUCCACCACCAUAGCCAUCUUCAGCAUAUAAAAAUAAUGAAGAGGCUAAUUAAGCGAUAUGUUCUGAAAGCUCAAGUAGAUCGUGAGAACGAUGAAGUCAAUGAAGGAGAACUUAAGGAGAUUAAGCAAGACAUUUCAAGUCUCCGCUAUGAGCUUCUUGAAGAGAAAUCCCAAGCAUCAGGAGAAUUGGGAAGAUUAAUUCAGCAACUAAGUGAUAAGUUUGGAAAGAAUUUAAAUAAGGACAUUUGAGAAUGGACAAAGAAGAAGAAAAAUAUGUUAUUCUUUUAACCAGCAUUCUUUAAGAGAAAAAAUUGUUCAGAAAGGAGUAUCAUUGAAAGCUGUAUUUUGCUAAUUAGCAAUUCCUUCAUGGGGACUGUGCAUUAAUUUGGUAUAUUGAGUGAAGCCAAUGAUCAACUAAUUCCUUUAUGAUGUAAAGGUAAGGUACAUAAUUCCUUUAUGAUGUAAAAGUAAGGUACAUUUUCAUAUUAAAAUCAAGGUUUUUUUAACUUGGCCAUUCUUAUGCUCAAAACAACUUUUGAAAACUGGAGAUAAUACUGAACCAGCAAUGCUAUAGUAUAUAGUUAUGGAGGAUCAGAAGCAUAAGACUUAUGAAAAAGAAUUGAGAUUGUAAAGAGAAAAAGAAAAGAUAUGCAGAAACAUGUUUCACAAGCUUUAAUUCAAACCAUGCAAUUUCUUUAUUCUGUUUACAUGCACAAACUACUGAUAUUGCAAAGUGAGAAGGAAGGUCCUCAUUUCAAUUAUAUUUUGUCCUGGCAAAUGUCUACUCUUAGCAUCCUGUUACUUCAGAUUAAAUGAUUAUGGACUGGAAAGAUUAGUUGGUGCUUCGAUUUUGGAUCACUUAUUCUCUCUGGUUAGUGAGAUUUAAUUUAAAAUGUCUAAAGCAAGUUCAAAUUAAAUUUGAGUCUAUGAGAAUAAAGCUGCAUGAAACUGAAUUUUCAGAUGAGGGAAAAAAAUAGGUUAAGCAUUAUUGUCCCAUAACACUGGGUGCUUUCAAUGUUGUGGCUUUUUACAUUUCCCAAUUAUUACUCUUCUGCUUUAAAAUAAUAUUAAAUUUACAUUUUGUUUAAAGAUUUUAGAAUAUAAUAGCAUUAUCUGGAAGUAUAAUACUAAUGAUUAUAUAGUCCCAAGUAUAGUAAUUUCACUCUACAGUAGUUAGAAAUGCCUUUUGAAAAACAAGUUUCCCAUCAUUUAAAAAAAUUAAAAAGGCACUGUUUCAUGCACAGAAUUUAUUUUUCUAGCAGUAACGGCAAGUAUUUAGUGCUAAUUUGAGGGAGAUGAACUGUCUAGAAAUACAAAAUAUAAAUGAAUGAAUGAAUGAAUGGGUUAAGUCACCCUGUUUAGAUAGAGGUUUUUUUAAAAAAAUCAGCUUGGGCCUGGGUCAGAUGCAAACUUGAUAAUCAAGGUAUAGCUGCUUGAUUGGCUUAAGGAGAAUGGCUAGCAAUACAAGGACUCAUUUGAAGCAUUCUGCAGUAUCUUUAGCGUAAGCUACCUUGUCAUGCGGUUAAUAGUCACCAUGAAACUGGAAGUUACCUGACUCCAAUGUACAUCAAAUGUAAAUGUUCAGAGCCCUUUCCGAUGAUGUACCCCACUACAUGGAUUGGUAAUCUUGGGCAUACAGUUAUUGUGUUGGACUAAUUGAUAUAUGUAGGAAUUCUGUGAGAACAACUGGAUUGUUCUGUUAACAGCUAUGGAAGUUUUCUCUCAAUAGUUGCAGUAUGAAUCAUUUUGAAAUAAUAUUUUCAGAAAACAAGACUAGCUUUCAAGAAUUCUCUUCCAUUUUCAUAGGAAGAUUUCUGAAAUUCAUUUUAUCUAUCACAUUAAUAUAACUUUUAAUCACGGUCAGAAGAAAUUGUGUGCUUCAUCCAAGAAGAUGUAAGUGUCAAGUAUGGUUUUAAAAUACUCCAUCAAUCAAAGGAAAAAUGGCUAUGACUGUAAGUAACACUGAUAUUAGGAUAAGCGAUAGUAAAGUCUGUGGGAUCUAUUUCAAGUGGAACCUGUCUGGGUUGACUCAACAAUAUGGAAUAAGUAACUGGAAACUUAUGAUUUACAAAAAAAAGGCAAUUUAAGUCUGAAUUGUCACUAUCAGAUAGAAAGCCAUAGAAUCAACUCAUGCUGAUCCAAGAAUUGUGAAUCAGGAACAAUUAUAAUCUUGAACUGUUUAGGACAUCCCAGCAAAAUGUGAAAUUCUGUAACAAUUACAAUUUGUCCACAUCUAAGGUUUUUUUGUUGCUGUUGUCCUGACUUAAGUGUUUACAGACCUCAGUUGUAUGGCACCUUCACACUGCUCACUUCCAGAUGGAUCAAACCAUGUUAUUGAACUGAAAAGACAAAAGCAUUUAUUUAAUUGGCAGAAAUAUGGUUUUAGUGGGUCAAAGCACAUCCUGCUGUUGUGAUACCACAAAGCUGUACUGUUUGUUUACAAGAUGCACCUAUACAGCAGCAUUAUAUAUCAGUUAUUAAUAAUAUUUAAU